AUGUCCCCUGGGGCCUUCUGGGUGGCCCUGCUCCUGCUGUUCCUGCUGGUCUGUCCCACACACCAGAAGCCACUGCAGAGUUGGGUCCAGGCAUCCCCGGGGGGAAACGUCCGCAGCUCACUGGCAUUGUCUGGAGGUGGAGAGGAGGGUGUCUUUGACUUGAAGAUGUUCCUGGAGAACAUGAAGGUGGAUUUCCUGCGCAGCCUUAACCUGAGCGGCAUUCCCUCCCAGGACAAAACCAGAGUGGAGCCACCCCAGUACAUGAUUGACCUGUAUAACAGGUACACCACGGACAAGUCAUCCACUCCGGCCUCCAAUAUCGUCCGGAGCUUCAGCGUUGAAGAUGCUAUAUCAACAGCUGCCACAGACGACUUCCCUUUCCAGAAACACAUCCUGCUCUUCAACAUCUCCAUCCCUAGGCACGAGCAGAUCACCAGGGCUGAGCUCCGCCUCUAUGUCUCCUGUCAAAAUCAUGUGGACUCCACUCAUGGGCUGGAAGGAAACAUGGCUGUUUACGAUGUCUUGGAUGGAGAGGACACUUGGAAUGGUGCCUCGGGGACCAGGACCUUCCUGGUAUCUCAGGACAUUCAGGUUGAAGGCUGGGAGACCUUGGAAGUGUCGAGUGCUGUGAAGCGGUGGGUCAGGGCAGACGCCACCACGAACAAGAAUAAGCUAGAAGUAACAGUGGCGAGCCAUAGGAAGGGCUGUGAUACACUGGACAUCAGUGUCCCACCAGGCUCCAAAAACCUGCCCUUCUUUGUCGUCUUCUCCAAUGACCACAGCAAUGGGACCAAGGAGACCAGACUGGAGCUGAAGGAGAUGAUCGGCCAUGAGCAGGAGACGGUGCUUGUGAAGCCACCCAAAACUGGUUACCAGGAGGCAGGUGAGGGCCACGAGGAGGAGGAGGAGGACGAGGAAGUAGAUGGGCACACAGCUGUGGGACCAUUUUUAGCUAGGAGGAAGAGGAGCACCGGGGCCAGCAGCCACUGCCAGAGGACGUCCCUCAGGGUGAACUUCGAGGACAUUGGCUGGGACAGCUGGAUCAUUGCGCCCAAGGAAUAUGAUGCCUAUGAGUGUAAAGGAGGCUGUUUCUUCCCACUGGCUGAUGAUGUGACACCCACAAAACACGCCAUUGUGCAGACCCUGGUGCAUCUCAAGUUCCCCACGAAGGUGGGCAAAGCCUGCUGUGUUCCCACCAAACUGAGUCCCAUCUCCAUCCUCUACAAGGAUGAUAUGGGAGUGCCAACCCUCAAGUACCACUACGAGGGAAUGAGUGUGGCAGAGUGUGGGUGCAGGUAG